AUGGCUGAUUACGAUAAUUAAUAUGAUCAUUAUGAUAUGACUGAAGUAAUGAGGCAGUAAAAUUAAGCUGAGUUAGAGCUUUCAGCAAAAUUACCUAUUAAAAAUCAUCUAGAGAGACUUGAUAUGACUUUAGAAAAUCUGCUUAAAGAUUUAGAAGAUAGUAAAAAAGACCUCUAGUCGUUAAGAAAUGAUGUAGUAAGUUUAGGACAUUUAAAUAAUGAUUAAUGCUCUGAAUUAAGUAGAUUUGUUAUGGAUGAAACUCUUAGAUUAGCUAAAGAUUUUAGAAAAUUAACAAAUAUCGAACAAGAUGAGUGCACCUAUUUAAAGUAAUAAGUAAAUUAGCUUACUUAGGAUAGAAUCCGCCUUCAAUAGAACACUUUAGUGUUAGAAAAUAGAGUAAAUGAAACUGAAAAAGAUGUAGGCUUUAGACAUAUGUACGAUUGA